GUGAGAUUGUAUUAUUGAUGAUUCCAUACCCAAUAUAAUUGCACAAACAAGCAUCUUUUUUCCUAUCUACAGAAACACGUACGUAGAGUACAAGGUAGAAAUACAAAUACGAGAGAAAUGGAGGAGGAGAAGAAAAGCACCUUCAAAAGGGCCCACACUCUGUCCUCUCAAAAGACCACAAGACGUGAUUUUCAUCUUUCUCCACUGCACCAACUCAUUCCUUCUCUCACUCACUCCCUCACCCUCUUAUUUCUUCCCUAAACUCCAUAUCCAUCACUAUAUAUAUAUAUCUUUCCCCGUAGCAUACAUAGUAACCGAUCAACCAUGUCUACCCAGAUUCAAAACGUUUCCUCUCACCAUGGUUCCUCCUCCUCAUCUUUAUCGCAACACCCUCCCUCCAAUCACCAACCGCUCAGCCGUUAUGAGUCACAAAAACGGCGAGACUGGAACACCUUCGGGCAGUACCUGAAGAAUCAGAGUCCCCCAGUUGCUCUCUCACAGUGCAACUUCAACCAUGUGCUGGAUUUCCUUCGUUACCUUGAUCAAUUCGGAAAGACCAAGGUCCACUUGCACGGUUGCAUCUUCUUCGGUCAACCUACCCCUCCUGCACCUUGUGCCUGCCCUCUCAGACAGGCAUGGGGCAGUCUCGAUGCCCUCAUCGGCCGCCUUCGUGCCGCCUAUGAAGAGCACGGUGGCUCGCCGGAGACUAAUCCCUUUGGAGGCGGAGCUAUUCGCGUGUACCUUCGUGAGGUGAAGGAGUGUCAAGCAAAGGCCAGAGGGAUCCCAUAUAAGAAAAAGAAGAAGAAGAGAAACACAAUCAUUAAGGGGACUCAGAGUGCAAAAGAUAUUGAGCAACAAGCUUCUUGAGCCAAUAUAUAUCUAUAUAUCCAUAUAUGGACGGGCCAUACGAAGGAGUUAUUGGAUAGAGCAGAUUUGGCACUUUGAGAAAAGCACGUCCUAAGAAGUAUGAUCUCUCUUGGAUAAAAAAUUAUUACAGAAAAUCGCUGUGAUAUUAACAGAAUAAUCAUUUUUAGCAAUCUUAAAUGUGUGUUAGAGAUGUACAACCUUGUAACUUUUCUAACAUAUAUGAGAUCUCUUCCCCAAAAUAGAAACAAAGACAAUGACUACCUUCAUAGUGUUGCAUUAGUUUUUCCAUAUUC